AUGGCGGGGAGCAGCAUCUCCGCCGCCAGCGGCGGCAGGCCGCCGCUGUUCGCGACGGAGAAGCCGAAGCGGAUGGUGGCGUACCGGCUGUACGCGUGCACCAUCUUCGCCGGGAUCCUCCUGAUAUGGGUGUACAGGGCCACCCACAUCCCGCCGAGGGAGGGCAACAGCCUGGGGUGGCGGGCGUCGCUCGGGCUGCUCGUGGCCGACGUCCUCUUCGGCCUCUACUGGCUCCUCACCCUCUCCGUGCGGUGGAACCCGAUCCGCCGCACCACCUUCAAGGACCGCCUCGCCGAAAGCUAUGGCGAGGACCAGCUUCCCGGUGUGGACAUAUUUGUGUGUACAGCGGACCCAGCUCUUGAGCCACCGAUGCUUGUCAUCUCCACUGUUCUAUCUGUUAUGGCUUAUGACUACCCACCAGAGAAGCUAAACGUAUAUUUAUCCGAUGAUGCUGGUUCCGCUGUAACGUUCUAUGCUCUUUACGAGGCAUCUGAAUUUGCAAAGCACUGGAUUCCAUUUUGCAAAAACUACAAGGUGGAACCCAGGUCACCAGCUGCCUACUUUGCCGAAGCAGCUACCCCUCAUGAUGCUUGUAGCCCUCAAGAAUCACUUCGUAUGAAGGAGCUGUACAAAGAUCUGACAGAUCGUGUUAACUCAGUAGUACAUUCAGGCAAGAUUCCCGAGGUUCCAGAGUCCAAUCGCAGAGGCUUCUCUGAAUGGAAUGAGACGAUAAGUUCUGAAGAUCACCCUUCAAUUAUCCAGAUUCUAAUUGAUAGAAAUGAACGGAAGGCAGUUGAUGUGGAUGGAAAUGUACUGCCAACACUUGUGUAUAUGGCACGCGAGAAGAGACCUCAGGAAAAACAUAACUUCAAAGCUGGGUCUUUAAAUGCUUUGAUAAGGGUAUCUUCGGUGAUAAGCAACAGCCCAGUCAUUAUGAAUGUUGAUUGUGAUAUGUACUCUAACAAUUCGGAGUCCAUCAGAGAUGCAUUGUGCUUCUUCCUAGAUGAAGAGCAAGGUCAAGAUAUUGGUUUUGUUCAGUACCCUCAGAACUUUGACAAUGUGGUGCACAAUGACAUCUACGGCAAUCCCAUCAAUGUUGUCAAUGAGUUGGAUCACCCUUGCUUGGAUGGAUGGGGAGGAAUGUGUUACUAUGGCACUGGAUGCUUCCAUCGGAGAGAGACCCUAUGUGGACAAAUAUAUGGUAAAGAUUACAAGGAAGAUUGGGCUAGAGGGGUGGGGACAGCACAAAGUGCUGAUGAGCUGGAAGAAAUGUCCAAGUCACUUGUGACAUGCACGUACGAGCAUAACACCCCGUGGGGCAUUGAGAAAGGAGUUAGAUAUGGAUGCCCACUGGAGGAUGUAAUCACAGGAUUGCAAAUCCAAUGCCGUGGGUGGAGAUCGGUGUACUAUAACCCUGUCAGAAAGGGCUUCCUAGGCAUGGCCCCUACCUCACUAGGCCAGAUCCUUAUUCAGCACAAGAGAUGGUCAGAAGGGUUCCUCCAAAUAUCCCUCUCCAAUUAUAGCCCCUUCUUAUUAGGCCGUGGUAAGAUCAAGUUGGGACUUCAAAUGGGUUACUCUGUCUGUGGCUUCUGGGCCUUGAACAGCCUUCCCACCUUCUACUAUGCCAUCAUCCCUUCUCUUUGCUUCCUUGGUGGUGUCUCUGUUUUCCCUGAGAUAACCAGCCCCUGGAUCAUUCCAUUCGGAUACGUCGUGGUGGCUGCAUACUCCUGCAGCAUAGUAGAGUCACUGCAAUGCGGCGACACUGCAGUGGAGUGGUGGAACGCACAAAGGAUGUGGUUCUUCAGAAGGACCACCUCAUACCUCCUGGCAGCCAUCGAUACGAUCGGUGGAAUGCUGGGCGUCUCUGAGUCCGGAUUCGACCUGACAGUGAAGGUGAACGACUCGCAGGCUCUGGAGAGGUACAAGAAGGGGAAGAUGGAGUUUGGACCCAUCUCGGGGAUGUUUGUGAUUCUCUCCACAAUCGCGCUGUUCAACCUGGUGUGCAUGGUGGCCGGACUGGGUAGAGUUUUGUGGUUUGAAGGUGCAGAAGGUUUGGGUCCUUUAUUCCUGCAGGCUGUUCUGUGCGUGGCGAUUGUGGCCAUCAAUGCCCCAGUCUAUGAGGCGCUCUUCUUCCGCAAGGACAGUGGAAGCUUGCCUUCUUUUGUCACUCUCAUUUCCCUUUGCUUCGUAUCGUCGCUCUGCCUACAAGCUAUCUGAAUUAAUUGUGUGCGGAAACUACACAAAAAAGACACGAAUGUUGAAUGUUCAUGUUGAGCCUUAUGAGCGACAAUUUGAGACAAUUGAUCUAUACACGGUAACUUCAUGUUGUUCAGCAGUUAUGACAAUUAUGUGACAUUCUGUCUAUGAGGGUACCACCCAUAAGAUUAACAACUACUUGACGCAUCA